AUGGCGAGCGCGGGGCUGCAGCUGACGGGCUACUUCUUGGCGCUGGCCGGCUGGGCGGCGUCCAUCUGCGCCUCGGCGCUGCCGCAGUGGAAGCAGAGCUCGUACGCGGGGGACGCCAUCAUCACGGCCGUGGGGCUCUACGAGGGGCUGUGGAUGAGCUGCGCCGCCCAGAGCACCGGGCAGGUCCAGUGCAAGCUCCACGAGUCGCUCCUCUCGCUCGACGCUCACAUCCAGACGUCCCGGGCCUUGAUGGUGGUUUCCAUCCUGCUGGGUUUCCUGGGUUCGGUGGUCAGCGUUAUUGGCAUGAAGUGUACCAAAGUGGCGGAACAGAACCCCGUGGCCAAAAACUGGAUCGCGGUUUUAGGAGGCGUCCUUUUCCUCCUGGCCGGCCUGUGCACAGCUGGGGCCGUUUCGUGGUAUGCAUCCCGGGUGACGCACGACUUUUUCAAUCCCAGCACCCCCCUGAAUGCCAAGUACGAAUUCGGACCCGCUCUCUUCGUGGGCUGGUCGGCGGCCAGUUUACUAAUCCUGGGGGGCAGCUUCCUCGGCUGCUCCUGCCCCAAACCGGAAGAAAGGAGAGGGCAGCAGUAUUACCGACAAUCACAACCGCCGACAACCGCAACGAGAGAGUACGUCUAA